AUUAUAAAGAACUCAAGAGUUUUACAGAAAAAGUUAUAGAAUUAGUUAGAGAACCUUAUAUCAAAUUCAUUGAUAUUAGCCUUUUCAAAUUAUGUUUUAGUCUUCGACUUCUUGGACCAGCAAAAGAAGGAUGUAUAAAAAGAUCUGCUAUCUCUUCUGCAAAUAAAGGAUUUAAAAAUUUAGAUAAUUACCUAGUUCAGCCUAAAGAAAAUUAUUCUGCUGUAAAACAUCUAUGCCUACUCAUAAAAUUAUCUGAAAAUAAUAUUAAUGUUAAGGAAAUAGAGAAUGUCUCAGAAGCUUAUUCAGAUUUCAUAAGUGAAAAAUCUACUACAACUCUAAUUCGCUCACUUGUUUCAUACUGUAAAACUCUUAGUAAUGAAACUAAAAGUAAAAUCGAAGUAUUACAGAAAUCUAGACUUUAUAUAUGCUAUUAUCAGAAAAAUAAAGAUAAUUUAGCUAUAUAUGAUUGGAAUGUUAUUAUUGUUCAGGUCAAAAGUACACAUCAUCUUAAUUUUUAUGGAGGUCAUUCUCAUGUAGUUAUUUUAGAUAAAAUAAAUAGUAUUAUAUGUCAAAUAGCAAAUAAAGGAUCAAAAGCUAUAUAUAAAGGUCUUAAGUUGCUUCAAGAAGUUUAUACAAGUACUGUGGAAGCUGGUAUUUUUUUUAAAAUUUCUAAUCAUUUUGAUUCAGUUAUAGGAAUAAGCAAUAUUAAUACAGGAAUACAUGCUGAAGCUUUUGCACAAAUAUUUUAUCAAAUUCUUUGCAGUCUCAUUGCUAGUACUGGUGCAACACUCGAGUUAAUUUCAGCAGAAGAUACUAAAAAAGUUAAGAGGAAUGUAAUUUCUUAUACUAUUAAGAAUACUGAGAAAAAAAUUAAAGAUGAGAAUGCAGAAUUAAUAGCAAAUGCAUCUGAUAUUACUCCUGAUAAAGCUGAAAUUCUUAAGCAAAAUCCUAUAUGCUCUUUCACUGAUAAUAUUGCUCUACAACAUUAUUAUUUAUAG